GCACAGCCGACCAGAAAGAGACCCAACGGUUUCUUCCUCUCCUGACUGACUGACUGACGGAUCGUUUUACCUCCAGGCCGGACAGCUGCCGACCCCGCAAGCAGACAACACACCGCGGUUCCGCCACGACCGUGCAGCGCAGAACACUGCGGCCCCCACCGGCCGUCCUGCCGCGGACUUCCGGGAAGCGGGCCGGAAGUCGCUCUCGGAUUCUACGUCAAAGCCGACCUCAGGGGCCCCGUCGUAAAAGUGUCGCCCCUCGUCUCCUGGGCCGGCUACAGGUUUCCGCUCGUCCCCGGCUGGGGAGGUGGGGUGGGGGGUCCGCAGCUGCGAGCGUCAGUUCCCCGUCAAGAUGGCGGAGGCGGCGGCUGCGGGAGCCGAGAGCAUGGACGUGAGCACGGAGUUGCCGCAGACCCCUCAGCUGCUAGCGUCGUGCUGGGACCAGCAAGUUGAUUUUUAUACUACUUUCUUGCACCAUUUGGCGCAGUUGGUGCCAGAAAUUUAUUUUGCUGAAAUGGACCCAGACUUGGAAAAACAAGAGGAGAGUAUACAAAUGUCAAUAUUCACUCCACUGGAAUGGUACUUGUUUGGAGAAGAUCCAGAUGUUUGCUUAGAGAAAUUGAAACACAGUGGAGCAUUUCAACUUUGUGGGAAAGUUUUCAAAAGUGGAGAGACAACCUAUUCUUGUAGGGACUGUGCAAUUGAUCCAACAUGUGUACUCUGUAUGGACUGCUUCCAGAAUAGUGUUCAUAGAAAUCAUCGUUACAAGAUGCAUACUUCUACUGGAGGAGGAUUUUGUGACUGUGGUGAUACAGAAGCAUGGAAAACUGGCCCUUUUUGUGUAAACCAUGAGCCUGGGAGAGCAGGUACUACCAAAGAGAAUUUACAUUGUACCUUGAAUGAAGAAGUAAUUGCCCAAGCACGGAAAAUAUUACCUGCAGUGAUAAAAUACAUUGUGGAAAUGACUAUUUGGGAAGAGGAAAAAGAACUGCCUCCUGAGCUCCAGAUAAGGGAGAAAAAUGAAAGAUACUAUUGUGUCCUUUUCAAUGAUGAGCACCAUUCAUAUGACCAUGUCAUAUACAGUCUACAAAGAGCUCUUGACUGUGAGCUUGCAGAAGCUCAGCUACAUACCACUGCCAUAGACAAAGAGGGUCGCCGGGCUGUUAAAGCAGGAGUUUUUGCUGCUUGUCAGGAAGCAAAGGAAGAUAUAAAGAGCCAUUCAGAAAAUGUCUCUCAGCAUCCACUUCAUGUAGAAGUAUUACACUCUGAGGUUAUGGCUCAUCAGAAAUUUGCUUUGCGUCUUGGUUCCUGGCUGAACAAAAUGAUGAGCUAUUCAAGUGACUUUAGACAGAUAUUUUGCCAAGCUUGCCUUAGAGAAGAUCCUGCCUCUGAGAACCCCUGCCUCAUAAGCAGGCUAAUGCUUUGGGAUGCAAAACUUUAUAAAGGUGCCCGUAAGAUUCUUCAUGAAUUGAUCUUCAGCAGUUUUUUUAUGGAGAUGGAAUACAAAAAAUUCUUUGCUAUGGAAUUUGUGAAGUAUUAUAAACAGCUGCAGAAAGAAUAUAUCAGUGAUGAUCAUGACAGGAGUAUCUCUAUAACUGCACUCUCAGUCCAAAUGUUUACUGUUCCUACUCUGGCUCGGCAUCUUAUUGAGGAGCAGAAUGUUAUUUCUGUCAUUACUGAAACUCUGCUAGAAGUUUUGCCUGAGUACUUGGACAGAAACAACAAAUUCAACUUCCAGGGUUAUAGCCAGGACAAAUUGGGAAGAGUGUAUGCAGUAAUAUGUGAUCUAAAGUAUAUUCUGAUCAGCAAGCCCACAGUAUGGACAGAAAGAUUGAGAAUGCAGUUCCUAGAAGGUUUUCGAUCUUUUUUGAAGAUUCUUACUUGUAUGCAGGGAAUGGAAGAAAUCAGAAGACAGGUUGGGCAACACAUUGAAGUAGAUCCUGAUUGGGAAGCUGCCAUUGCUAUACAGAUGCAAUUGAAGAAUAUUUUACUUAUGUUCCAAGAGUGGUGUGCCUGUGAUGAAGAACUCUUACUAGUGGCUUAUAAAGAGUGCCAUAAAGCUGUGAUGAGGUGCAGUACAAGUUUCAUGUCUAGUAGCAGGACAGUAAUACAGUUGUGUGGUCAUACUUUGGAAACUAAAUCAUACAGAGUAUCUGAAGAUCUCGUAAGCAUACAUCUGCCACUAUCUAGAACUCUGGCUGGUCUUCACGUGCGUUUAAGCAGGCUGGGUGCUGUUUCAAGAUUGCAUGAAUUUGUGCCUUUUGCGGACUAUAAGGUAGAGAUCCUAGUGGAAUACCCUUUGCGCUGUCUGGUAUUGGUUGCCCAGGUUGUUGCUGAGAUGUGGCGAAGAAAUGGACUCUCUCUCAUUAGCCAGGUAUUUUAUUAUCAAGAUGUUAAAUGCAGAGAAGAAAUGUAUGAUAAAGAUAUUAUCAUGCUUCAGAUUGGUGCAUCUUUAAUGGAACCCAACAAAUUCCUAUUACUGAUACUUCAGAGGUAUGAACUUGCUGAUGCUUUUAAUAAGACUAAAUCCACAAAAGACCAGGAUUUGAUUAAACAAUAUAAUACACUAAUAGAAGAAAUGCUUCAGGUCAUCAUCUAUAUUGUGGGAGAGCGUUAUGUACCUGGAGUGGGAAAUGUGACCAAAGAAGAGGUCACAAUGAGAGAAAUUAUCCACCUGCUUUGCAUUGAACCCAUGCCACACAGUGCCAUAGCCAAAAAUUUACCUGAGAAUGAAAAUAAUGAAACUGGCCUAGAGAAUGUUAUAAACAAAGUGGCUACAUUUAAGAAACCAGGUGUAUCAGGUCAUGGAGUUUAUGAGCUGAAAGAUGAAUCAUUGAAAGAUUUCAAUAUGUACUUUUAUCACUACUCUAAAACACAACAUAGCAAGGCUGAACAUAUGCAGAAGAAAAGGAGAAAACAAGAAAACAAAGAUGAAGCAUUACCACCUCCACCACCUCCUGAAUUCUGCCCUGCUUUCAGCAGAGUGAUAAACCUUCUCAAUUGUGAUAUCAUGAUGUACAUCCUCAGGACCAUAUUCGAACGGGCAGUAGACACAGAUUCUAACUUGUGGACUGAAGGGAUGCUCCAGAUGGCAUUUCAUAUCCUGGCACUGGGCUUACUAGAAGAGAAGCAACAGCUUCAAAAAGCUCCUGAGGAAGAAGUGACAUUUGACUUUUACCAUAAAGCUUCAAGAUUGGGAAGUUCAUCCAUGAAUGCUCAGAAUAUACAAAUGCUUUUGGAAAAACUCAAAGCAAUUCCCCACCUAGAAGGCCAAAAGGACAUGAUAACAUGGAUACUACAGAUGUUUGACACAGUAAAGCGAUUAAGAGAGAAGUCUUGUUUAAUAGUAGCAACCAUAUCAGGAUCAGAGUCUAUUAAGAAUGAUGAGAUUUCUCACGAUAAAGAAAAAGCAGAACGAAAAAGAAAAGCUGAAGCUGCUAGGCUACAUCGCCAGAAGAUCAUGGCUCAGAUGUCCGCCUUACAGAAAAACUUCAUUGAAACUCACAAACUGAUGUAUGAUAAUACAUCAGAAAUGUCCGGAAAAGAAGAUGCAAUUAUGGAGGAGGAAAGUAGCACCCCAGCAGUCAGUGACUACUCUAGAAUUGCUCUGGGUCCUAAACGGGGUCCGUCUGUUACUGAAAAGGAGGUGCUGACGUGCAUCCUCUGCCAAGAAGAACAAGAGGUGAAAAUAGAGAAUAAUGCUAUGGUAUUAGCAGCCUGUGUCCAGAAAUCUACAGCCUUAACCCAGCACAGGGGAAAACCCAUAGAACUCUCAGGGGAAAUUCUAGACCCACUUUUCAUGGAUCCAGACUUAGCAUAUGGAACUUACACAGGAAGUUGUGGUCAUGUAAUGCAUGCAGUUUGCUGGCAGAAGUAUUUUGAAGCUGUUCAGCUGAGCUCUCAGCAGCGCAUUCAUGUUGACCUGUUUGACUUGGAGAGUGGAGAAUAUCUCUGCCCUCUUUGCAAGUCCCUCUGCAAUACUGUGAUCCCCAUUAUUCCUUUGCAACCUCAAAAGAUAAACAGUGAGAAUGCAGAAGCUGUUGCUCAACUUUUGACCCUGGCACGAUGGAUACAGACUGUUCUGGCCAGAAUAUCAGGUUAUACUAUGAAACACACGAAAGGAGAAAACCUAACAGUUCCAGUCUUAUUUAAUCAAGGAAUGGGUGAUUCCACGUUUGAGUUCCAUUCUAUCUUGAGUUUUGGAGUUCAGUCUUCGACAAAAUAUUCUAAUAGUAUCAAGGAAAUGGUCAUUCUCUUUGCCACAACAAUUUAUAGAAUUGGAUUAAAGGUGCCUCCUGAUGAAACAAAUCCUCGAAUCCCCAUGAUGACCUGGAGCACGUGUGCUUUCACUCUCCAGGCAAUUGAAAACCUCUUGGCAGAUGAAGGAAAACCUCUGUUUGGAGCACUUCAAAAUAGGCAGCAUAAUGGUCUGAAAGCAUUAUUGCAGUUUGCCAUUGCACAAAGGAUUACCUGUCCUCAGGUCCUGAUACAGAAACAUCUGAUUCGUCUCCUAUCAGUCGUUCUUCCUAACCUAAAAUCAGAAGAUACUCCAUGUCUUUUAUCGAUAGAUCUAUUUCAUGUUUUGGUAGGUGCUGUGUUAGCAUUCCCAUCCUUGUAUUGGGAUGACACUGUUGACCUUCAGCCUUCAUCAGUUAGUUCUUCUUACAACAACCUUUAUCUCUUCCAUUUGAUCACCAUGGCACAUAUGCUUCAGAUACUUCUAACCAUAGACACAGACCUCCCUCUUCGCCCUCCAGUUCAAGAAGAAAGUGAAGAAGCUCAUUCUGCAUCUUCUUUCUUGGCAGAAGUUUCUCAGUAUACAAGUGGCUGCAUUGGGUGUGGGAUUCCUGGCUGGUACUUGUGGGCCUACCUGAAGAAUGGCAUGACCCCUUACCUUCGAUGUGCUGCAUUGUUUUUCCACUACUUACUAGGAGUAACUCCACCUGAAGAACUGCUUAACAAUUCUGAAGAAGGAGAAUACAGUGCACUCUGUAGUUAUCUGUCUUUGCCUACAAAUUUAUUCCUGCUUUUCCAGGAAUAUUGGGAUGCUGUAAAACCUCUUCUUCAUAGGUGGUGUGCAGAUCCCGCUUUACUCAGCUGUUUGAAUCAAAAAAGCACCAUAGUGAGGUACCCUAGAAAAAGAAAUAGUUUGAUAGAGCUUCCUGAUGACUAUAGCUGUCUCCUAAAUCAAGCUUCUCACUUCAGGUGCCCACGGUCUGCAGAUGAUGAACGAAAACACCCUGUCCUCUGUCUUUUCUGCGGGGCUAUCCUGUGUUCUCAGAACAUUUGUUGUCAAGAAAUUGUAAAUGGGGAAGAGGUUGGAGCGUGCAUUUUUCAUGCACUUCAUUGUGGAGCUGGAGUCUGCAUUUUUUUGAAAAUCAGAGAGUGCAGAGUGGUUUUAGUUGAAGGUAAAGCCAGAGGCUGUGCUUAUCCAGCCCCUUACUUGGAUGAAUACGGAGAAACAGAUCCUGGCCUAAAGAGGGGCAACCCCCUUCACUUAUCUCGUGAGCGGUAUCGCAAACUCCAUUUGGUGUGGCAGCAACACUGCAUUAUAGAAGAGAUUGCUAGGAGCCAGGAAACAAAUCAGAUGUUAUUUGGAUUCAACUGGCAAUUACUGUGAGCACCAACUCUUCCUUGGAACAGUAAUAAAUGAAGACAGUAAUGAAGAUUGAUUCAGGGGACAGUAACUGUGGGGGGCGGGGUACUGGCUGAUAAAAAGAAAAAGAAAGAAAAAAAUAGACUGACUCAAAGUUCUGGAGACCUGAGUGUUGGAGAGGGGAUAGAAGGUCUUUUGCUCCAUGUCCAGAUUCACAUGCAUCAAUAAAAUAUUCCUUAAUGAGCAUUUCUUUCAGUUAGCAAACAUAUGCUUCAAUGAAAAAAAUAGGGACAUCAGUUAAUUUGCUUUGUCCCAAAACACUAAAGAAAUGCUCACUCAGUCCAGAUAUCUGAUUCUGCUCAUAUUACCAGAAAACCAGUUCUCUUUCAUAAUCUGGCCCUUUUGGUUUCAUUUAUCCGCCUGGUAAAUGAAGUUUCAUCAUACAGUUGUGAACAUUUUUAUAUGUUGCUAAACUUCCAUAGCUUUGUAUUGUUUCUCCACCAAGCUUAGUCUUCCUAAUACUGGAUUUCUGACAAGAUUCAAGUAAUCUGUGGUGGUCUUUCUUCAGCUAAAGAGGAAUUAUGGAAACCAUGCAGUCAGAGUACUUCAGUUGAGAAAAUUUCCCCCAAAGUACAUUUUUCUUUUUUCUUCUAAGGAAAAUCCCUCAAGUGCUACCUGAUACAUCAGCUAAAAAUUAAACUAAAUCUCUAUAUGGACAGUGUUGCCAUUUCUAAAGCAAACUUUCUUUCCCAUGGAGGAACUCAGUAAGAGUUAGGAUAGUUAUUUGUUCUUUUGUUUGUUUUUGUUUUGUUUUGUUUAUACCAGAGCACUGCUCAGCUCUGGCUUUUAGUGGUGCUGGGGAUUAAACCUGGGACCUUUCGAACAUUGGGCAUUUCAUGAAAGUCUUUUUGCAUAAGUAGUAUGCUGUUUCCCCAACCCAUUCAUUUUUCAUUCCUGAUGGUACAAGUGGUAAGGUAAUCCUCACCUCUGGCCACCAAUAGUUUUAUUGUGUUUUGAGAUUAUACUUUCCAUUUGUCAAGAGCAAGUUUUAAAAAUGAGAUCACUUAUCUAAUUGAUUGUAGCACUAUCCUAUUUGACUUCUGGAACCUAAUGCAGUUCUAUUGUAAACUGGACAAAGGGGAAGAAGAUUGUCCCAGUGAAUGGAACAUGACAGCUAUAAAUUAGAACAAUCAAAUUUAAACAAUUCUGUAACCUUAUAUGUCUUUGUAAAAGACAAAUGAAGGCACUUAACUGUCGUACAACCUUUUCAUAAAUUCUAGUUUUAUGACUAGAACACCGGCCUAAAAAGCCAUGCAUCAAUAGUCUGUCCUAUUAUGACAUGCUGUGGUCGAGUAGUAGAGCUCUCCCAAAUCUGUGUGUAGACUUCUUGGGUUUUUUUGGCUUUUACUUUUUUUAUACCAAGAACUUUUGAUAUAAAACAGCUUUCAGAAGAUAAGUUGAAAUCUACCAUUUAAGCUGAAAGAAGCAUUCAAAGACUAUCUUACAUGCCUUUGGUGACUGCUGUCUUAUAUUAGAGUAUAAAUGUUUUCAGCAAAGGCAAACAAGUAAAAAUGUACUUGCAAAGUGAUUGGUGAUGCACACUUGGAGUUAGUUUUUUUUUUUUUUGUAACUGUCAAGUAAGGCUUGGUUUUACAGUAAGAGAUUGCAUGAACAGGCAUCAAAAUCACAAUCAUGAAUUUCUACUUGAAUGAUUAUAUAGAUGUUAUCAGGAAAUAGAUAUGACUCUAGUGAACACUUGUAACAAUUGAGAGACGAAGAUCAGAAAUUUUGGUAUUCGGUUUGUUUACCUACCAGUAUGAUUAAAUUAUUGGAACUUUUUUUUUUUUAAAUGUUGUUAGAUGAAUUUUUCUGUCUGGGAAGUCAAAGCCAGAACAGGCAACAGAAUAUUCUGACUCCUAACCUAAUAAAUUAGCCCCAGUUUAGCAAAGUUAAGUUGAUUUUUUAAUUUCUAGUCUUUUUUAUUUACUUUAUAAACCCUGGGGUUAAGCUUUCAAGAUACAUGGCCAAUCAAAUCUCUACUGCCAAAGAACCCAUUUCUUGUUUACUCCUGCUUAUCUGUUAAUUCAGAUCUUUGUACUUAGAAGAACAUACAUCUCAGUACAGCCCUCAACGCAAGGAAUUUUUAAUUCAACUAUCCUAAUGGUUUGCCUUCACCAUUACAAACAAUCAUGCUUAUGAAGUUUACUUACAAAUGAGAAAAUGGUCACUUUAUUUUCUAUAGUGUACUAUGUGGAGGAACUAGUUCAACAGAACAGCUCCAAGGUGUGUUUGGUGAGGGGCUGACAGGAAUUUUAAUGAUACAGUGGGGAAAGGGGAAAAAAAAAAACAUAUAUCUGUGCGAUUAAUUUAUUAUGUGGAUGUGUAUGGGUUGUGAGUUCACCCUUCCAUGGUCAUUUGUCAUUUCAUAACAACUAUGCCUUUUGGUUCACUGUGAUGAUGAUCUGUAUCUAGUGACUGCAACAUGUUUAUACCACUGAUUCAAAUUCCAUCCAUGAUGAAGUUAUACAAAUAAUGCAUAUAUUGAUAUCUUUUAUUGCAAAAUGUAAAUUAAAACUUGUAUAAUGUUCUUGUGCUUUUUGGAAUAAAAUAUAUGUGUAUAUUUAAAAAGAAAAA